AGCCCCGCGCCCGAGAAGCGAUGGCGGAGACCAACAACGAAUGCAGCAUCAAGGUGCUCUGCCGGUUUCGGCCCCUGAACCAGGCCGAGAUUCUGCGGGGGGACAAGUUCAUCCCCAUCUUCCAAGGGGACGACAGCGUCGUUAUUGGGGGGAAGCCAUAUGUUUUUGACCGCGUAUUCCCACCAAACACGACUCAGGAGCAGGUGUAUCAUGCAUGUGCCAUGCAGAUCGUCAAAGAUGUCCUUGCUGGCUACAAUGGCACCAUUUUUGCUUAUGGACAGACAUCCUCAGGGAAAACCCAUACCAUGGAGGGCAAGCUGCACGACCCCCAGCUGAUGGGAAUCAUUCCUCGAAUUGCCCGCGAUAUCUUCAACCACAUCUACUCCAUGGAUGAGAACCUGGAGUUCCACAUCAAGGUUUCUUACUUUGAGAUUUAUCUGGACAAAAUUCGUGACCUUCUGGAUGUGACCAAGACAAACCUGUCUGUGCACGAGGACAAGAACCGGGUGCCAUUUGUCAAGGGCUGCACUGAGCGCUUUGUGUCCAGCCCCGAGGAGAUUUUAGAUGUGAUUGAUGAAGGGAAGUCGAAUCGUCAUGUGGCUGUCACCAACAUGAAUGAACACAGCUCCCGCAGCCACAGCAUCUUCCUCAUCAACAUCAAGCAGGAGAACAUGGAGACGGAGCAGAAGCUCAGUGGGAAGCUGUACCUGGUGGACCUGGCAGGGAGCGAGAAGGUGAGCAAGACUGGAGCAGAGGGAGCUGUGUUGGAUGAAGCAAAGAACAUCAACAAAUCGCUGUCUGCCCUGGGGAAUGUGAUCUCUGCAUUGGCGGAGGGCACUAAAAGCUACGUGCCAUAUCGUGACAGCAAAAUGACCAGGAUUCUCCAGGACUCCCUCGGGGGAAACUGCCGGACUACCAUGUUCAUCUGCUGUUCCCCAUCGAGCUACAAUGAUGCAGAGACCAAGUCCACCCUGAUGUUUGGGCAGCGGGCAAAGACCAUUAAGAACACUGCCUCUGUGAACCUGGAGCUGACGGCUGAGCAGUGGAAGAAGAAGUACGAGAAGGAGAAGGAGAAGACGAAGGCCCAGAAGGAGACGAUUGCAAAGCUGGAGGCGGAGCUGAGCCGCUGGCGCAAUGGAGAGAAUGUGCCUGAGACGGAGCGUCUGUCCGGCGAGGGGGCUGCCUUGGGCGCCGAGCUCUGCGAGGAGACGCCUCUGAAUGACAACUCGUCCAUCGUGGUGCGCAUCGCGCCUGAGGAGCGGCAGAAGUACGAGGAGGAGAUCCGCCGCCUCUACAAGCAGCUGGAUGACAAGGAUGAUGAGAUCAACCAGCAGAGCCAGCUCGUAGAGAAGCUCAAGCAGCAAAUGGUGGAUCAAGAGGAGCUGCUGGUGUCCACCCGAGGGGACAAUGAGAAGGUCCAGAGGGAACUGAGCCACUUACAGUCAGAGAACGAUGCUGCCAAAGACGAGGUGAAGGAAGUCCUGCAGGCCCUGGAGGAGCUGGCGGUCAACUAUGACCAGAAGUCUCAGGAGGUGGAGGAGAAGAGCCAGCAGAACCAGCUGCUGGUGGACGAGCUGUCCCAGAAGGUGGCUUCCAUGCUGUCUCUGGAGUCCGAGUUGCAGCGGCUGCAGGAGGUCAGCGGACACCAGCGAAAACGAAUCGCUGAGGUGCUGAACGGGCUGAUGAAAGACCUGAGCGAGUUCAGCGUCAUCGUGGGCAACGGGGAGAUAAAGCUGCCGGUGGAGAUCAGUGGGGCCAUCGAGGAGGAGUUCACGGUGGCUCGACUCUACAUCAGCAAAAUCAAAUCAGAAGUCAAGUCUGUGGUGAAGCGGUGCCGGCAGCUGGAGAACCUCCAGGUGGAAUGUCACCGCAAGAUGGAAGUGACUGGCCGGGAGCUGUCAUCCUGCCAGCUCCUCAUCUCCCAGCACGAGGCCAAGAUCCGCUCGCUCACGGAGUACAUGCAGAGCGUGGAGCUAAAGAAGCGGCACCUGGAAGAGUCCUACGACUCCCUGAGUGAUGAGCUUGCCAAGCUCCAGGCCCAGGAAACUGUGCAUGAAGUGGCCCUGAAGGACAAGGAGCCAGACACCCAGGACGCAGAUGAAGUGAAGAAGGCUCUGGAACUGCAGAUGGAGAGUCACCGGGAGGCCCAUCACCGGCAGCUGGCCCGGCUCCGAGAUGAGAUCAAUGAGAAGCAGAAGAUUAUUGAUGAGCUCAAAGACCUGAAUCAGAAGCUCCAGUUAGAGCUCGAGAAGCUUCAGGCAGACUAUGAGAAGCUGAAGAACGAAGAGCACGAGAAGAGCAGCAAGCUGCAGGAGCUGACAUUUCUGUACGAGCGACAUGAGCAGUCCAAGCAGGACCUCAAAGGGCUGGAGGAGACAGUUGCCCGGGAACUCCAGACCCUCCACAACCUUCGCAAGCUGUUCGUUCAAGACGUCACGACUCGAGUCAAGAAAAGUGCAGAAAUGGAGCCCGAGGACAGUGGGGGGAUUCACUCCCAAAAGCAGAAGAUUUCCUUUCUUGAGAACAACCUGGAACAACUUACAAAGGUUCACAAACAGCUGGUACGUGACAAUGCAGAUCUGCGUUGUGAGCUUCCUAAACUGGAAAAACGACUUAGGGCUACGGCUGAGAGAGUUAAGGCCCUGGAGGGUGCACUGAAGGAGGCCAAGGAGGGCGCCAUGAAGGACAAGCGCCGCUACCAGCAGGAGGUAGACCGCAUCAAGGAAGCCGUGCGCUACAAGAGCUCGGGCAAGCGGGGCCACUCAGCCCAGAUCGCCAAACCUGUCCGGCCUGGGCACUACCCAGCGUCCUCACCGACCAACCCCUAUAGCACCCGGAGCCCCGAAUGUAUCAGUUACACCAACAACCUCUUCCAGAAUUACCAGAACUUAUACCUGCAGGCUGCACCUAGCACCACCUCAGAUGUGUACUUUGCAGACUCCUGCACCAGCGGGGGCGCCACAUCCUCUGGCGGCCCCUGGACUUCCUACCAGAAGGCCAAUACGGACAACGGAAACGCCACGGAUAUCAAUGACAAUAGGAGCGACCUGCCAUGCGGCUAUGAGGCUGAGGACCAGGCCAAGCUUUUCCCUCUCCAUCAAGAGACCGCAGCCAGCUAAUCUCCCAGGGGACUGCUGCGUACCUGCACUUUCAGUUUCUAAGAGGGACUGAGGCCUCUUCUCUCAGCAUGCUGCAAUCCUGUGGUCUCUGACACUAACUCACGCCCCGACCCCUGUUGUUUGACUGUACUGUUUGAUGUCUCCUCUUACUCUCUAUCUCUUUGUACUCUGUACC